UUACUCAACCCACUGGCCACUGGCCGGCGCCCACCUUACCCCUGGACUCUGGGGUUUUGGAUUACCCUCCAUCUUUCAGCCCAGCUCGAAGAGCCCCCAAAAUGGCGGCAUCGCUGCUCCUCAAGAGCGCUCCGCUCCUGCGGCUCCGCCUCCAAUACCACUGCCUCGCAGUCGCUACUCUCCCGCCGCUACGCCGUACGUGGUGCUCCACCGCCGCCGAGCCCACUCGGCUCGACGACGAGGUCUCCGCCGCGGAGACGAGUGGCGACCUUUCGAGAGCUCCGGACCGGACCAAAUACUUCAGCGUCCACGAUCCUGAUUACCGGAAAUGGAGGGAGAAAGAGGACGAGAUUCUAGCCGACAUCUCGCCCAUAAUUUAUCUCGUCAAAGACAUUAUCCACUCGGACAGAUAUGUGGAUGGAGGGAAGCUGGAAGUUGAAGAUGAGAAGGCUGUGGUGGAGAAGCUUCUCGCUUAUCAUCCGAAUUCCGAAGACAAAAUUGGAUGUGGGCUCGAUUCGAUAAUGGUUGAUCGACAUCCACAGUUCAAACACUCGAGGUGCCUGUUUGUGGUGAGAACCGACGGUGCUUGGAUAGACUUCUCGUAUCAGAAGUGCCUGCGGGCAUACAUCAGGGACAAGUAUCCAAACUUCGCGGAGAGGUUCAUUCGAGGACAUCUCAAGCGCGGGAGCUAAUCGAGGUUAUUUUGCUGCAACUGCUACCAUGUUUUUUUUUUUUUUGUAUACGAGAGAUCUUGAGUGUGAUGUGAUCAUGUAAAUUAAGGGGAUGUGAAACCAUAGCUAGGUGACAGUCAGUAAUUGUCAGUUGGUUGGGAUGUUGUUCUUCAAGGCCGACCUGCCCUUAAGACCAGGUCAAGGCCAUGUUUGUCAAAAUGUGGUAGAUAAUCCUUGACUAACUGAAGAAGAAGAAGAGAGAUGGGAGUGAAGAAAAAAUGAUUGAAAUGAACAACCCCACUUUUGUUGACCUGCAUAUCUGUUUGUCUCUUCACUUUGCUUGUGCAGAAAUCAAAUGCUCUCUCUCUCUCUCUCUCUCGUUUUGUUUUUAGCUAGUUUGGGAUCUACUGCAAGACUAAAGUGGAGGUGGCAGGCAGCUGGUUUGUUGGCUCUGUUUCUGUUGUUUAUACAAUGACGGAGAGGGAAAAGGGGAAAGCAGAGGCGGAGAGGGUAUUGGAAAAAGAAGGAAUGAGAACAAGAAUAAUGAUUUACUCUGCUCCCCAUCUCAUCAAAAGCUGUAAAGAGUAAUCGGGGAAGCCAUGAAUUAGUCAAAUCCAUGCAUCAUAGCCCCGCCGAACAGCAACCUUUUUACCACAAGAAUCCAUCGAGUAUAUUCUUCGACUAAUUAGCUCUUCGUUAAGUGUCAUUCUGGUUAGGAUUGUGACAUAACAAAAUAUCAAUGAUCAUAGUUCAUAAUGCAUGAGUUGUUUCAACGAUGGAUUUGGAUUCAUCGUAAAUUCUGUCCUUACUUCAUUGUUUGUUUCAUAUAUUUAGGGGCAAAAAAUUUGUGAAGUUCAUGGACUUUGAUGGUCCAAAUUCGUGGGACCUUCGAACAUUAGAAUCUCUCCAUUUAUGUAGUGACCAACUUAUUCCUCCUAUUUUCUUUGUCUUCUCAUCUCAUACCAAUGAGUGAAGAAAAUAAAAAUAAUUUUACCUCAUGUAUGCAAAUCUAAUUAACAAAAUGCAUCAUGAAAUCUAUGAAAUGAACAAUGCUAGUUUUCAAGCUCAUAAUGAACACAAAAUCCUCAUAUAUCCAUGGAAUUUCAAAGUCUAGAUUUUACCAAAACUAUCAUUUUCCAAAUCCACAAAACAAACGACUCGUAAGUCUUCUAGAAGCAAUUUUUCUAAGAUUUAAACUAUUACAAACUUGGGAGACCGGUAAUUUACAAAAGCGUCGGUGUGCUCUCGAUUACGCCAAAUCACGACCCCCUAAUGAAGCAUAUAUAGUCGACAAUGAUACAACUGAGUAAGUUGUGCAUGUAUUGGUAUGAACAUGAGAAAACAUAAUUGUUAAUACAUCUAAUUAAGUCAUGUAACAACGUACGCAAACAUGAUUGUCAUAUGCGACCACAUGCAUCUAAUCAUAUGUUUGAUGUUUCUCUCUUUCCAUAUGUAAUGUGUAUUUCUCACCAGAAUCAUUUGCAUUAGUGCUCUAAAGAUUGCAUCCAUGCUUGUUAUUAUGACGACGACGACAUAUUGCCUAAUUGGAGGAAUCAAGAACUCAGGAAUAGAACAUGGCCGGUCCAGAGUCGAAUGAUUUUUGGAAGGAUGACUGGUCAUUGAGAAAUAGACUGAGCUCUGCUAGUGUUGGGGGAAGUAGGGUUAUGGUCAAACCGAGCGUGCUAUGAAGAGCAAAGCAUGCACGCAAAUGAAUAACAUGAUGAGAAUUGAGAAUUGAGAACCAUACCAUACCCACCAAUGAUAUAAUAAAUAAUAUGCAUGUUUUUGGACGGUCCUCGAUCUCCAUAAUGAGAGACUUACUUGGUCGUGUGCUAGCCUAGCCCCUUGGUAGAAAUCAUGAUGCACCAUAAGUAUGAUCAUGUUGUGAACCUGAGAAGAGCUCCUGUAAUUAAUGUCAUUAACGUAUAUAGGGUUAUGCAGCUGAUUAUAGAAUAAGCUAACCAUAUUUUUUCUAGCUGAUCAUUAAAGUGUUAAAAUGCAU